CGGCUGUGAACACUAUCACGGAAAUAAUAACAACCAUGGCUGUUGAUAUAACGAACAAGUACCCAUUACAUGAGUGCGUUUUUCAUGAUAAUAUUCGACGACUAUCUGCACUUCUACGACAGUAUGAUGCAUCACAGAAAGAUGUUCAUGGUAAUACACCUCUUCAUCUUGCAGUCAUCCUAGGACAUAAAGAAUGUGUACAUCUACUUCUUAACCACCAUGCACCCGUGAAGGUGAAGAACAACCAGGGCUGGACCCCGUUGUCAGAAGCAAUAAGCUAUGGUGACAGACAAAUCAUCAAAUGUCUUUUACGGAAGUUGAAGUCCCAAUCUAGGGAAAUGCUGGAAGGUAAACGACCUGAGUUGAUAGAAGCCCUCGGGGAACUUGCUGAUUUUUACCUUGAACUGAAAUGGGACUUCCAAAGUUGGGUUCCACUUGUGUCAAGAAUUCUACCGUCAGAUGUAUGCAAAAUUUACAAGAAAGGAACUAGUAUACGAGUUGAUACCACUUUAAUUGACUUCAGUGAUAUGAGGUGGCAGAGGGGGGACAUUAGUUUUAUAUUUAACGGAAGCGCUAAGUCACGCAACGCUCUUAUUGUACUAGACAACGAUCAACAAGUCUUCCAACGAGUGAGUUAUGAUCAGGAAUCAGAAAGUGAACUUGAAGAAGAAGUAGAUAUACUAAUGAGCAGCGACAUUUUAACUGCGACUAUGUCAACUAAACCCAUUGUGUUUUGCCGUGCACAAACGGGUUGGAUAUUCCGAGAAGAUAAACGAGAAUCAGUAGGCAUCUUUCCUGCCGAUUUUUAUCUGGUACAGGGGAUAAUUAUUGAAUCACGUAAGAGGAGAGAACACCUGUCUGAUGAAGAUAUUCAACGUAACAAAGCUGCAGUAGAGAGUUUAAGCAAAGGAGAAGUUUUGGAUGGAACUAAUGAGACUCUGUACAGAUCUAGCCUGACCCCACCAUCCUCAUGUGAUAUAUCUUGGCAGCAGUAUAUUAUGUCCGAAACAGACCCCCGCUUUGGCAGACCACAGAUUUGCAAAGAGAGUAGAAAAUGUUUUAAAGCCACAUUAGCUAUGAGUGAAGACUUUCCUAUCCAGGUGGGAGAUCUACUGAAUGUUCUAGAAGUUAUUACUCCAAUGAAACAUUUUUCUAAGCUCAGGGAGUUCGUUGAAAUGAAGCUACCACCAGGAUUUCCAGUUAAAAUCGAUAUUCCAGUCUUACCAACAAUAAGCGCUCGUGUUACAUUUCAAGACUGCCAAUUUCGUGAAAACAUACCUCCCCACCUCUUCAGAAUCCCAUCGGAUUACAAAGAGGAUCCAUACAGGUUUCCGGAUCUUUAGCACAGAGGUACUAUGGAACGACAUUCUAGGUCAUAUUAUACGAUAGGCUUCCGAGAUUGAAUAUAUACUGUGUUCCAGUGAGCCCUUGAAAAUUGUGCCAGUACUGAUCACCACUUACAUAGCUCUCUCCACAGUGUGAUUUCAAUUACCCAUUUAUGGGCAUGAUGAUGUCAUAUCACAUCCAUAUAUGGUAUGAUGAUGUUGUAUCACAUCCAUAUAUGGGCAUGAUGAUGUCAUAUCACAUCUAUAUAUGGGCAUGGUGAUGUCAUAUCACAUCCAUAUAUGGGCAUGGUGUUGCAUAUAACAUCCAUAUAUGAGCAUGGUGAUGUCAUAUCACAUCCAUAUAUGGACAUGGUAAUGUCAUGUCACAUCCAUGUAUGGGCAUGGUGAUGUCAUAUCACAUCCAUAUAUGGGCUUAGUGAUGUCAUGUCACAUCCAUAUAUGGGCAUAGUGAUGUCAAGUCACAUCCAUAUAUAGGCAUGGUGAUGUCAUAUCACAUCUAUAUAUGGAAAUGGUAAUGUCAUGUCACAUCCAUGUAUAGGCAUGGUGAUGUCAUGUCACAUUUAUGUAUAGGCAUGGUGAUGUCAUAUCACAUCCAUAUAUGAGCAUGGUUAUGUCAUAUAUGGACAAACCACAUAUAUUUGUCACAACACUUUUGAUUGUGUAGACAGAGCAUUAAGAUCCAACUCAAUGGUAUCAGCAUUAUUUUUAAACCAAUUGGAAAAAUAAAUUAUCCCAUUUGUGUUAAUAUUUCUUUAAAGUUAACAUUAUUAUGAUUUACUGAACUUGUAAUAUGAUUGUAAAGUUUGAGAUUCUACAGGGCAAAUUGUGACAUGUGUUUAGCAUGUGUAGUUAUACAGUAUGUCUACUUGGACGUUCUUCUACACUUUUCACGAUGCUCACCCCUGUGCACUCGUCAUGGUCAUGUAAUGGGCACACUGGAUUGCAGCAUUAUUUCUUGUAUAUUUUAAUUAGAAGUGGUUCAAUUUUUAUUUGUUUUACUAUUUUUUUUUGUUUCUCUAUUAUGGUCCCAUUAUUGGUGCUCAUUUAAAAAAAUAAGUCCCUUGUUAAUUGUUAGUUAUGUGUGAAUGUUUUAAUUAAUUAACGUAAUUAUUAAAGUGCAGUUUAAUUAAUCUUUCUUGGAAAAAAAAUCCUUAUGAAAUGUUUUACUCAUUUUUUUAAAGAUACUGUAAGUGUGUAAGAGUAGUACUAACAAUCCAGGGCAUUGAAUAAUGCAGUACAUGUAGUGGUGUACCCUGGUAAUGGGUCAUGGAGUUUGGAUAAAAGCCUUCCCCAUGGGGCAAAAGUCUUCCUUAUUUGCAAAAAGCAACCACAAGUUGGAAAACCGAUAUGAUUGAAGUCUUGCUAAUUCUUAAUUUGUUCCCUUCACACAUCUAAUACCCAAUGAAAGGAUGAAACAAUGCUGCGUGAGCCAAAAGGAUUGUGGAAUUGGAAGUACAGCAUGUUACAGCCGAGGUACAGCUCCACUCCCAAAAGUAUGACACCAAAAAGUAAUAUAGGAUCACUAAAUUUAAUGUUUUCCAAAUCUUUUUUAACUACAUGCAAUAGGUUGUCAGGUACUGCAUAACCAAAUAGUAUUUUAAAUCAUAGUUGUAGCUAAACAAUUGUAUUAAAUGUACAGACUUUAACAAUAUGUGACCUUUCACCAAAAAAUGAGAACACAACUGUGGUAUGUAUUAUCACUAUUAGUACUGUAUAUGAUACAACAUUUAUAUUACAAUUUGACCUGUGUAGAUACACAUAAUUGGAGAUGGUCAUGAAUACAGAAUUUAGAAAAGUAUGACUUCAAACAUGAGCUUGUAUACUUUUUUUAAAUACUAAUGGUGUAUUGCAUUACAUAUCUUCAAAAUCUUUUUCUAUAAGUAUACAGAAUUUGGAAAAACUUAGGCUUCAAAGAUAGCCUUUUAUUUUAUAACACUUCUGUGUAUAUAGUAUUUAUUAAAUUUAAAUUCAUGUUUUGUUCUUGAUAACAAAAAAAAAAUGUGUAGUCAUGAAGACACUCUAGCUUUUUUACUAUUAGAAAAUGAUGAGAACACAUUUUCACUAAAAUAAAAAAAAAUCUCAAUUUAACAGGAGGUUUAACAAUUUAUUUUCUUGUGAAAGGUCAGGUAUAAGCCAUUUCGAAGUUUCAUCCGUUCAUGUCAAGGUCAAGUCUGUGUCAAAGGUUAAGUCUGUUGAAGAUCAAGUCACAUAAACAAACGAAUCACAUGACAUAGGGCCUAUGUUGGUCAGCACUGAAUUUUAAAGUUUUAUUAAAAAUUGAUAGUUAUAAAGAUAUUUGAUUAUUUUACUGUAAAAAUCAACAAUUGUUUAAAACGUAUGAACGUUUUUGUUACUGUAUUUGACCUUAGACAAAGUCAUGCUCAGUUGAGACUACGAAAGAACUUAGUAGUCAUACUUCUGUAUUUUAAGAUGGGUAUAUUUAUCACUUAUAAUUAUAGUUAAGAUCCAUAAUUUGACCUGGAAUGUCCUCCUACCUAAAGAAACUUCAGGUGUUACAUUUGAGUAGUGGUGUAUCUAUUGCGGGGAUAAGAUAACAUCCCACCUUACCCCCCCCCACCCCACAAAUAAAACAACUGGAAAUUUUCUGAGCCAAAAAUUUGGUUGAAAUUCACCUCAUAUCACCUAGUACACCUCAAUUAUUCAAUCCCCCUCUGCUUAACAUUCAAACCCACCAUCAGCCAUUCCCCACCGCACAUGUCAAUAUUCCUAGAUACACCACUGCAUAUGAGAAUGUGUUGCUGCAUAAUAAAACAAUUUUGUAUUAUUCUCCAAUUACAUCUGAGCUUCCAUGGUAGGUUACCUCUGUGCUUUUUACAAAAAAUAAGCUCCUUGUACAAAGAUAUUUUAAUGCAAGUCAGUUUUUUAAAUUAUGUAAUAUUAUGUAAUAAUACUGAAGGUGUGUCCUUUUUAAUAAAUUUU